AUGCCAGCAUAUACUCCUAUAAGGUUCAAAACCAAGAAUGCCUUAAACUCUUUUUAUGCAAAUCACAGUCUUCAAUACGAGAAGAAAGUAACACCAUUUCUGUUCUACAAAAAGAUAUUAUUGUUCUUAAGCUCAUUUAUUAUUAUUGCAGUUUGCUAUUUUUCAAUACAAACUACAAAAAAUAGCCAUUAUAGUACGGAUAUUUAUAAUCUACACCCAAAUAAAACAACAACAAACGAAAGUUUAUCUGCAACUCACGGUUUUACAACCCAAUUAAUCAUCAAUGAUUUUUUUUCCAAUGAUAACACCGUAAACACCAACAUACCAUCGUUUUCCUUACAGGCUGUUAAUCCUACAGCUACAGAACUAAUUAAAUCUAUAAAAUUGAAAACAAUCAUACAUAGUACUAAAUUAAAUAGAGCAAAUUUCAACAUUUGGAUCAAGGAACAAACUGAGAUUUGUUUUGAAAACAUGUUGAGUAAUAUCGGCGAUGCAAACUUGCAUAAUGAAUUAUCGAUGCCUAGUGAUAAAAUUAGUGAGGGAAUUGUAAUUGCUAGUCCUUCUAAAGAAGACCCUGAUUACUUUUAUCAUUGGAUUAGGGAUGGCGCAAUCACAAUUAAUAGCAUAGUUACCCAAUUGUAUAUCGAAUUAACAAAUAAUAAUAAUAAUAAUAAUAAUAAUCAACAACAACAGCAGCAGCAGGAAAAGAUACAACAGGCUCCAUUUAAUUUAACGUUGGCUGGUACCAUUGUUAAAUAUUUAAACAACACUUUUUAUAUACAAAGGACAGAUAAUCCGUCGGGGACUUUUACGCGUAAUCUAAAAGGGUUAGGUGAGCCUAAGUGGAAUGUGGAUGAUUCAGCUUUCACAGAUAAGUGGGGUCGUCCACAAAAUGAUGGUCCUGCCUUGAGAGCCAUCACCACGUUGAAUUUUUUGUCGAUUUUAAGAAAGUUUAAUAUAGAGCUUGAUGAUUUAUUGAAAAAUUUAAAGCAAGAGAAUAUUUUGAAUACAAAUAACUUGGUCUUCAGUAAUGAGACGGAGUUGUUUCAUCAGAUUCUAUAUUACGAUUUAAAAUUUAUUGGUGAAAACUGGUAUAAAGAUACUUUUGAUUUGUGGGAGGAGAUUUAUGCUAAGCAUUUUUUCACCAGUUUAACCCAACUCAAGGCAAUUAAGCAAGGGUUAAAGUACGUUUUGGAAAGGGGUGACGAAAUAGAUGCAGGGUCUGCUUUUGCUAAUUUUUUGCAGGAAGAAUAUGAAAAUAUGCUAACUUUUGUGUUGCUAGAUGGUGGAUUUAUUAAUGACAAUAAGGAUUAUAUUAUUGAAACCCCUGAUAUUCUAAAUAUUAGAACUGGACUAGAUGUGGCUGUGUUAUUAGCAUCUAUACUAACGCAUGAUGCACACAUUAGUAAUUUAGGUGCAGGUGGUACUCUUCAUCCUGAUUACAUUCCUUUUGAUGUUGAUGAUAGCUCGAUUUUAAAUACAUUACAUGCAUUAGUCAAAACAAUGGAAAUUUUAUACCCAAUCAAUCAUCAAAGAGUCAAUUUGAAUUUAGGUGUUGCCCUUGGUAGAUAUCCAGAAGAUGAAUAUGAUGGUUUAAAAUUGUCUGAAGGAAACCCAUGGUUUUUGGCUACAUCCACGGCAGCAGAGCUUUUGUACAAGCUAAUUGAUAGAUAUUAUAACUUGAAAGAAGAUUUAAUAAUACCCUUGUCUUUUUCUGAUUCUAGGUUGACUAAAUUUUGGACCUUAAUUUUUGAAUUACCCAUUACAAAUAAUAAUGCUGAUUAUGAAUUGGUUGUACCAUACAAUUCACCCGCUUUCAACCAAACCAUGUACAAUUUAUUAAACUAUGGCGAUUCAUUUUUAGAUAAACUAAGAGAACAUAUUAGUGAUGCUGGAAAUAUGAGCGAGCAGUUUAACAAAUACACUGGUUUCCUACAAGGUGCAAGCGAUUUGACUUGGUCAUAUAGUUCAUUUUGGAGUAGUUCUAUAUGGAGAGAUUAUGCCAUGGGAACAAUGAAUUGA